GAACCUCCAUCGCUCUUACCUCCCAGUAUUGCCACUCCACUGCCCCGAAUUGCGACUCUUUGUACUACCGAAAAGCUCCGUACACAUAACCCUAACCAUCGCCUGGCUAGCUCGUGCUCGGCUGUCCCUUGCCAAGCUAGACUUGCGUCACCAGCACCCAGAUAGCUUUCUACCCACCCCAACACCCUAUUUGCGUCCCCGUAGUCGCGCAUACUUCUGACCCACCUCUCUGUCUACAUACUACCUCCAGCAAGAUGAGUAAAGUCGUGCGCAGCGUGAAGAACGUGACCAAGGGUUACUCGGGGGUGGAAGUGAAGGUCCGCAAUGCGACGAGCAACGACCCGUGGGGUCCUGUAGGCUCCGACAUGGCCGAGAUCGCUCAGAUCACCUUCAACAACUCGACCGACUUCUACCAAGUCAUGGAUAUGCUCGACAAGCGACUCAACGACAGGGGGAAGAACUGGCGUCACGUCUUGAAAUCGCUCAAGGUGCUCGACUACUGUCUGCAUGAGGGCUCGGAGCUGGUGGUGACGUGGGCGCGCAAGAACAUCUACAUUAUCAAGACAUUGCGAGAGUUUCAGCAUAUUGACGAGGAUGGGCGCGAUGUUGGCCAGAACGUACGAAUGGCAGCCAAGGAGUUGACCUCCCUGAUAAUGGAUGAGGAACGGCUACGCGCCGAACGAGCCGACCGGAAGUCGUGGAAAUCGCGCGUGACGGGUAUCGAGGAGUUUCCUGGAGGAGGGCAAGGCCCACACAACGGAGAAGGUUCACACAGACGCCCGCGCGAUGGCGAUCAGCGUCGACCCCGCAGGAACGAGGAGGAGGACCUUGAGCUCAGGCUGGCCCUAGAAGCGAGCAAGAACGAGGCAGAGGAAGAGAAGAAACGCCGGCAACGCACUGUUACGACUGUGGGUGACGACGACGAUCUUGCAAAGGCCAUUAAGUUGAGUAAAGAGGAGGAGGAGUUGCGUCGGAAGGAGCUAGAACAGACAAACGCAGACCUCCUCUUUGGGGAGACCACCGCGCAGCCAACCACUUAUCAACCCACGGGCAACAACCAGGGAUAUCAGCAACAGGGCCAAGUGGACUGGUUUGGCAAUCUCGUGGACCAAAACCAACAGCAACCUCAGAACACCGGAUUUCUCAACAACGCGUACUCUCAACCAACCGGUAUUCAAGGACAGCAGACGGGCUAUCAAAAUGGCUUUGGUGGCUAUGGUGGCUUCCAGCAGCAGCAGCAGCCUACUGGACUCGAUCAAUUCGGUGGCCAGCAACAGCAAUAUAUGCAACCACAGCAAACUGUUCAACCACAGCCAACUGCUUUCAACAUGAAUAACCCGUACGGCCAAUUCGGCGGGUUCGGCGGCGAUAUGGGCCAACAGCAGCAGCAGCAGCAGCAGCAACCGCUCCAGGACCAGAACACCCUCCAACCUGGCAGCCAUAAUCCGUGGGCAACGAACAAACCCCAGGAGUCUCUAAUGCCUCAACCCACUGGAUCUAACAACCCGUUCGCUCAAUCGUUCAAUCGACCGCAGCCCACGCAAGCGUUCACACAACCGAACCUCAACACCCUCCACGAGCAAAAGACACAAACACAAUUCAACAACACUUCGUUCAACCCUCCGGUGUCUUUCUCGACGCCUCAUCCAGCACAACCACAGCAGCCGCAACAACCGCAGAAGGAGAUGGACCCGCAUGCCGCCAGGCUCAACUCCCUUCUUGCGACAGGAGAGGGUCAGGAUACGUUCGGAAACGUUGGCAACCUCCGUAUGCCUGCCCAACAUACGGCUCCUGGGACAUUCGUCAACUCAGCCGGUGCUGGCCUGAACCGAAUCGGUGCCAAUGCAACUGGCAACAAUCCCUUCCUCAACUCUCAGUUUACUGGCCUGCCUCAGCAGAAUCGUAUAAUGCCCGCACAAACUGGACCGGCAGGCAACUUCGGCGCCAAUCCGUAUGGUAAUGCGAAUCCCUUUGGUGCUCAGCAGAACCAGCAGCGGCAGCCCGGUGGCAACAACCUGAUUGACUUAUAAGGUGACUGCGCGGGUAGAUAGCGACCCUUGAUUUUUCCUUGUCUGAUAUUUGGUGUGGAACGUUACCCAUUCACCUGCUUAUUCCUUCCGUCCGCAACACUCACUGGGCGGACGGAGAGAUUUGAAAGCUUCUCGACCCCAUGGCGAAAGUUACAGGGAGAAGCUUGAGAGUCAAGGAUUCUUUGGAUUGAUGCAUGCAGUAGAUAUGAUUCCCUUCAGGCAGAGCCAUUCUUACGUUCAUGAUGAGCAUGGGGUGUGCAUGAGCUGCAUGUGCGACCUUGAGCAGCCGAGAAGUGCUACAGUAGUAACUGUUAUAGAGGUGGAUUGGCUUCAAUGCGAUAGCUAGCUGAGUUGAUACUGCCACAUUUCUGUUUUCAAUCCCACAGUGCGAGUCAGGCUUCAACGAGAUAAGCCAAUGGCAGCUACGUAGAAAGUGAGUAAGACCGAGAAUUUAAUAAAUCGAGAGAUCCCACCAUCCG